AAUACUGACCCCGAUGGUUAACAGUGAUCUCUGCAUGUCCCGGGUUUGUGUUGUUGUGUUUAUUUUGGCAUAUUUCUACGAAUAUAGCAAACAUAAUUGAUCGGUAUCGAGCCUGAUGGUGUAGGUUCCGAAACAGGCGCCAGCGCCGAAUAAUGACUGCACAGGCCGCUUUCUAGACCUAAAAGCGAAGCAGGAACAGCGCUGUUUUGGGGGAUAGCUAUAUACGCUAGUUAGCUUGCUAGCUUCCCUUUCUUCUUUUUUUCAUGUUUCCCCUGCAGCUCCGACUAAUCCCAAUUACAGAUAGGGAAAAUGUUGACUACUCAGCAUUCUUGAGUCGUGUUUCAGCAUGACCGACUCUGGUACUCCUAAAUGAGGCAAGCAUGAACCAGCACCGUUCCCACAAUUCCAGCUUUCAACAGCAGCGGCAAACAUGCAAGAGAUGGAGAGAUGAUAGUGAACAAAAUGACAGAAGAUAUAAAUCUUCCAAACCAAACCAUCAGCAGCACCAGUCCUGGCUGUCAGCUCGUCCAAUGCCACAGAGCGCUCAGUCUUUGAGCACCAGCAGAGACCUUUACGAAAGAGACUUCCCCCUGUACAAGCAGCCUGUCGAAGUGGGCUCCUUUUCUCUGGACUCUGAACGCAGGUUCUUCAAUGACAGCAGGCAGCUGAGGUACUAUGUGGAACCUGAAAAAAGCCCACAUUUUCACCUGCGGGACGGAUAUGGGGACCGUUAUAUAAAAAGGGAUGAAAGUGUGAAGGAAAAGCUGGACCACAUCCUCCGAUGGAUCUUGGCCAAUAGAACGAAGCUCACACGGAGGGCGGAGGCGUCGUCUUCAUCAGGUUUCGAUGUCGACUUUGUGACGUGGCGAGGCCAUUUGACCAAACUUCUGACCACGCCCUACGAAACACGAGAGGGCUGGUUGCUGGCCGUCACCAAAUUCAAGGGGACCCUUUACGUCAGCGAAGUGGAAACGGAUGCCGCUCGCCGGGAUCGAGAGACUCGCACCGGGAGGCACCAGGAAAUGAUGUAUUGGGGAUACAAAUUUGAGCAGUUUAUGUGCGCAGAUAUGGUGGACGGCUCCCCCGAUUCGAGCGGCGUGGUCAACACCAACGAGGCCUUCUGCACCGUGGUCCAAACUCGUCUCUCAGAUCACAGGCUGCUGUUCUCCGGCGAGGUGGACUGCCGGGACAAAGAUCCGAACGCUGCGGCUCCUCCCGCCUGCUACGUGGAGCUCAAGACGUCCGCAGAGAUCUCUACCCCCAAACAGCGGAGCACCUUUUACCGGUUCAAAUUGCUCAAGUGGUGGGCACAGUCCUUCCUCCCCGGAGUCCCUCGCGUCGUGGCGGGCUUCCGGGAUGAUGACGGAGUUGUUAUCUCCGUUGAGACUUUCCACAUCUCCAAGAUUUCGCGGCUCAUCAAGGCCGAGGAUAGGUGUUGGAAGCCGACAGUAUGCAUGAACUUCUGCAGCGACUUCCUGACAUUUGUCAAGUGCGUGGUUACCGAAGACGAUCCCCGUGUGGUGUAUCUGUUCUGCUGGAAUCCUCGCUGUGACGUGACCUACUCGGUCCACAGGGACUCCUCUUAUUCUUUUCUGCCAGACUGGUACGUGAGGGAAAUGAGCUGAAGAUUCUCACCUGUGAAGUUCCCAGAUACACUCAGCAAAGACUCUAAAUCAAAAUUUCGCUACAUUUUUCUUGUUUUAAUGCAACUCAACGAGGCACACACGACGACGAACUUGAAGGCAAAGAACACUAAUUGCAGUAUCAGCGAGCCUUUUGUCUUCCGUCAUCCAAGGAGCUGUCACUAGUCAUUCUCUGUAAGACGGCUGGAUAGAUCAAUGGGUUGUGUCAAAUGAUUAAAAAGAUCAUAAAUGUA